AUGCCGUACCUAGACACAGCCCAGCAAUGGCUUACACAAUCCACCCUCCUCCUCAAAGCUCGCCCAUCCACCACCAGGAUAUCAACAAAAUACACCAUCUCACCACCGACCUCCAAAUCCUCCUCGAAAACAAAACCACAACCCGACCAAACCACACCCACACCCAAUACUCCCUCCAACCCACCACCCGCGAUCCUAACCCUCAAAACCUACGACCCGGCCUCAGGCGUAACACUUAAAUACAGCACCAACAAAGCCGCCGAAGUAAGCCGCUUAAUACAGAUCCUGGGACGACUCGCGAGGCCCAUGGCGGGGUUGCCAGAGAUGAAGGAA